UCAUGCCAGAGCCUGCAGCUGUCUCUGCUGCGUCCCGCUGCCGCUGUUGAGGGAAAUCGUCGCCUCUCAUGACGAACCGACGCCAGACUUUUUCCCCGUGAAGAGUCCGCGCAAAACCUAAGGAUAUCGCAACUUUUACAACAAUUUCCAACACUAUAAGGAGACUGAAUGGAGACACCUGACAGCUCGUAACGCCUCAUCCGCGUGUUGACUGAAAUCUUUGAAAACUGUGAAGGCUAUAGGAAUGUGGAACACAAGUCUAUCUCAACGUAAAACGACCUGCCUUUGCCCCUGACACCAUGACCACAGACUUGAACUUGACCUCCCUGCUGAAUGUCACAGAUCUCCACAAUCACACAAGAGGAUGUUCCCUCACCAAGACAGGCUUCCAGUUCUACUACCUGCCCACUGUUUACAUCAUGGUCUUCAUCACGGGGCUGGUGGGCAACAGCCUGGCCAUUUGGAUGUUUGUGUGCCACAUGAGACCGUGGAGCAGCAUCUCUGUCUACAUGUUCAACCUGGCUCUGGCUGAUUUCUGCUACGUCCUCUCUCUGCCCUUUCUCAUCUUCUACUACUUCAACAAAACAGACUGGAUAUUCGGGGAUGUUCUGUGCCGACUGCAGCGUUUUAUAUUCCAUGUGAAUCUUUACGGGAGUAUUCUGUUUCUGACCUGCAUCAGUGUUCACAGGUACACCGGGGUGGUGCACCCGCUCAAGUCUCUGGGUCGACUGAAGAAGAAAAAUGCGGUUAUUACCAGCACGUUGGUGUGGGUUGUGGUUGUUAUAGGUAUCUCCCCCAUCCUUUAUUAUUCCAGGACCGGCUUGAAGCGUAAUGCAACCAUUUGUUAUGACACCACCACUGAGGAUGAGUUACCAGGUUAUUUCAUCUACAGCAUGACUUUGACUGUGUUUGGGUUCUGCAUUCCUUUUAUUAUCAUAUUUUGUUGCUAUGGCAUGAUUGUCAAAGCGUUAAUCUACAACGAUAUGAACAACGCGCCCCUGCGACAGAAAUCGAUCCACCUGGUGAUCAUCGUGCUCGCAGUCUUCGCCGUCUCCUAUCUGCCUUUCCAUGUGAUGAAGAACCUCAACAUGAGAGCCAGGCUGUACUUCCAGAGCCCCGAUAUGUGUGAGUUUAAUAACCGCGUCUACGCCACCUACCAGGUGACACGGGGGCUGGCCAGCCUGAACAGCUGUGUGGAUCCUAUUCUUUACUUCUUGGCUGGAGAUACCUUCAGGAGGAAGCUGUCCCGGGCCACUAAAAAGCCCUCCAGGAAGGGGGACAAUGUACUUCAGUCCAAGAGUGAGGAGACAGCACUCAACAGCCUGGCUGAAUAUGUGGAGAAUGGAGAUCGGAGGCUGUGACAGGGCACCUCUGUGCGCCUAGUCCUGAGUGUGGAUCUCUCUAUUCGCUUUAGAAACCACAAUGGACUUGGUAUUGAAUAAAUAAAUGCACUGUUUGGACAGAAAGCUGUAUGUAGAAUUUAUUGGAUGAUGGUUUGUAGAACUGUAGGAUAAAUACUCCAUUUAACCCUGUGAUAACCAUCGCUUGCUUGCAGCCUGUCGAUGUUGAUAAGCUAUUGUACUGUAUUGUCCUGUACAUGUAUUGUACUCUAAAUGUAAGAGCCAUCACUCUUCAUUCUUAUCGAAUAGUUAGUGUUGCUUACACUUGGAACAUUAUGAUCAGGCAAGCUGAAAUGUGUAUCCCGACAGGCAGUAAUGCCCUGUUCAUCAAUUUGUAGAGGAAAAAUUGGACUGAGAGAGGAUAGCACCUUCUCUACCCACCAAGCUGAUGCUUAAUCAAUAGCUAUAAAGCGGGUGGAAAUGGUUAAGGAAAUGUACCUGGGAUGGCUUUUAGAGGAAAAAAUUAAAUGCACUGAACCUGAGAUUGCUGCAUGGAUGUGCCAUGCAGACAUUAUAAUGCACUAUGACCGGGGGACUCUCUGCUCAGAGGGCUACCUAUCACUCCUCAUUUCUUCCUCCAUCUAUUACUGACUGGGCAAGAAAUGUGGUUGCCUAGUUCUUCAUUUUGACAGGUCUGAGGUUAAGGUCUGCUACAGCUCUGUUACCACAGUCUUUCUCUCCUUGUUAACCUGUUCCCUACAAACACAACUAUAAAAUAAUACAGUAUUUUUGUGUAUAUGAUAUUACAGUGAAUGUUGUUUUUUUUUUUUUCGAGGUGUACUGUACAGGAUGUUGUGACGUUCCAGAUGAGUUUGUGUUGUUAACCGUUUUGUUCAAGUCAGUAUCACUAAUCCAGACCGUUAGUGCAUGAGUCCAGUAUCAAAUCCCAUCCGUGAAACACUGACUAACCACAGCAGGUUCUAACUACUCAACUGUGUAUUGGAUCAUAGGCAAUAGUAGCAUAUAAAUGAGCAGAACAAACACACACACUGAAUCACCUGCUUUGUGACUCCAUCAAUAUUGAAGACUUUUUUUGUAUGAGAUACCUCAAAGUAAAUAAUGCACUGUGUUUGUGUUUUGGCAGAUAAUCAUUGUUCAUCAUUGUUUUGUAUCUGUUGUAGUCAUUCUGGAGAAACGGUUGUAGAGCUCUCUCAGUAUAUAUUUUACCCUGGACUACAUAGAUGUUUAAUGUCUCUACUAAUACAUUUGUAAAUCUGUAAUGUGGUCAGCUAUUGUCAAGAAAGGAUGUGAAUCACCUGCACAGGAUAUUUGGGGCCACGUGUAUCUUUGUCAAUAAAUUUUUAUAUUUAAAACA